ACGAGAAUUUCCGUAGCCUCCUCGGUCCUCUCGAUUCGACUUGUGAUGUCAAGGCGCGGGUGGAUCGGGUACGAUUGGCGGGGCCCCUCUGAAUCUCCGGCGGGGCCCGCCCCGCGAUCCCUUUGUUUGUCUCGCCGGCCAGGACCACCCCGCCCCAUGGAUGCUCAGCUGCGCACCACCUGCCCCCUCCUUUCGCCUCGUUUUCCGCGUAUUUUAAUGCCAGCGAAGUGAGGGGCAGCUACACGCCACUACUGGAGCCCGAUCGGAUAGAGAGAAGAAGCGCACCCUUUUUUUCUGGGCUUUUCGAGAGCAGGAGCUUUCGCUGGAGGUUGGGGGAGAGAAAUGGAGUGGUUCAGGUCGAUCCCGAAGGUGGAGUUGCAUGCCCACCUCAAUGGCUCCAUCAGGGACUCCACGCUCUUGGAGCUUGCCAGAGAUUUGGGUCAGAAGGGCCGCGUUGCUUUCUUGGACGUGGAGCACGUCAUCAUGAAAAAUGAUCGUUCUUUGGUUGAAGUGUUCAAAUUGUUUGAUCUCAUCCAUGUUAUUACAACCGAGCACUCGACCAUCACGAGGAUUACCAAAGAAGUUAUUGAAGAUUUUGCUUCUGAGAACGUGGUCUACUUAGAGUUAAGAACAACUCCAAAGAAAAAUGAUUCCAUAGGAAUGAGCAAACGCUCCUACAUGGAAGCAGUCAUACAAGGUUUGAGAGAUGUCGCUAGCGUUGAUGUCCAUUUUGUCUCUCGGACUGAGCAAGCACCGAGUUCCUUAAAUUCUCAAUCUACUGAGAAUUCUUUCAAUGGAUCUGCUAAAAAGAAGAUUUAUGUUAGACUUCUUCUCAGCAUUGACCGCCGUGAAACCACUGUUGCUGCAUUGGAAACUGUUGAGCUUGCACUGGAAAUGAGAGAUCUAGGAGUAGUCGGUGUAGAUCUUUCGGGGAACCCCACUGUGGGAGAAUGGGAUACCUUCGUCCCAGCACUAAGUUUUGCGAGGCAGCAAGGCCUCAGAGUGACUCUUCAUUGUGGAGAGGUACCUAAUCGGAAGGAGGUCCAACAAAUGCUGGACUUUGUUCCUGAAAGAAUAGGGCAUGCUUGUUACUUCUGUGAGGAAGACUGGAAGAAGUUGAAGGAUCUCAACAUUCCAGUAGAAAUUUGCUUGACUUCCAACAUCGUGACUCAAAGUAUUUCAUCCAUAGAUGUGCACCAUUUCGCUGAUCUAUACAGGACACAACACCCUAUAGCCUUGUGCACCGACGAUGCAGGUGUCUUUUCCACUAGCCUUUCACAGGAAUACAGCCUGGCUUCUUCCUCAUUCGGUAUUGACAAGGUGGACAUUUUCGAUUUAGCAUACAAAGCGAUUUCACUAGCAUUUGCCGAUCACAAAGUGAAGGACGAAGUGAGAAAGAUUUUUUCGUCUUCCAAGGGUCAGCUUUCUUCCGUGGAUCAGAUUGAUCCUUGAUCUAAUAUCAGGGUCUUUAAGCUCUAAUAUCAGGGUCCAUCUAAAUAGCAGUUUGACUGGCCUCCCCCAAGGAUCCCCUUGUUUUGGUUAGCUGAUGCAACUUGGAGAGUUCUGGGAAAUCUAUGUUUAGCUCGAACCUCGUAGGAUGUUCCGCCAUUUAAUAACUGUUGCAGGACGAUGCCAUUUGUUCUUAAUAUGCCUUCUAUUAGCUUAUAAAUGGACUCUUUUUCAUUUUGUUCGGGCUCCUCUUGUAUCGUUAUAUUUCGGAUCAUACUACAGCGAUGGCGAAGUUUCGGUGGUGGCAGUGAUUGAGGAGGUGGUAUUGGAAACGCUUUCUCGAACUGAAUUUUUCAUCAUUUGCCUGUUGGGAUCAAUCAGUUGUAGGCUGAGCUGCACAAUAUAUAGUCAAUGAAGGAGCAUGAAUCCAUAUGAUUUUCAA